CUAUUUUUUUCACAAUGAACAUGAUCAAAGGCCUACCUAAAAGCCCCAAAACACACGGGCCAGAAUUUACAAAAGCCCAAGCCCAAAUCAAAAAGCCUCUAGGCCCAAAGUUUGCACUAUAAAAGGCAAAGACACCUUCUUCUGGAGGGAAAAAUUCAAAAUUUGAAUUUGAAAUCACAGAGGGGGAGAGACAGAGAGACAACAAUGGCAUCAAACUCAGAUAUGAAGAAUUUUUAUAAGCAAACGAAGAAGAACGGUGGAAUUGCAAAGCUGUCACAUUCAAAAUCACCAUAUGCUGCUACUACUACGAAGAAAUCAGAAAUUCCAAAGCUCGCUACUGCUGACGGCUCUCCGGCUCUCUUUUCCAAUGGAUCUCCCAAUUUGCAAGCUGAUGAUUAUGAUGGGAAAGAGGAGUUACUAAGGCAAUUUGACACAACUAAGGCUUAUGGACCCUGUCUUGGAUUGAGCAGACUUGACAGAUGGGAGCGUGCUAAGAAUCUUGGUUUAAACCCUCCUAGAGAUGUUGAGCCGAUAUUGAGAUCUAGCAAGGUUCGCAACGAAUGCCUGUGGGAUGGAAGGGUUUAAACUUUGUUUAUGUUAUCAUCAGGGUAGCUCAUAGUACUUCGUUUUCCUGUUCUGCUUGUUCCGGGGGAAAAAUUACAGCAUCUAGCUGUAUGGUAGAUUUCGAGUUCACCUUAUUCCUGAUCUAAGGUUCUUUGAAGUUAGUAUUGUCUUUCAUUUGAUGAAUUUGCCGCUGAAAAAAUGCAGUGUCCGAAGGUCCGGUUAACACAAUUACUUGUUUUUGUCACUCCAUAUGUUCCCAUUUGCUAUAUAUUAACAUACCCACCUGUUUUUCUCACUCAUUAUGAUAUGGUUUGAGUUGAGGGUUUUUCAAAUACAGCCUCUCAAGGUAGGAGCAAAUUCUGCACACUUUACCCUCCCCUAAACCCACUUGUGGGAUUACUUAUGUUGUGUAUUAUGAUCUUAUGUUCUGUUAUAUUUUUCUUGCUAAGAAGUUUUCUUUGAA